UUGGACCGUCUUGUUGCGGGGAGGGAGGGGGAAGAUUGUUUGCUCCCUAGACGCUCCCCUCACUGCAAGGUAAACUGAGCUCCCCCGAGGCGCAUCUCAGCCUCUGCUCGGACGUAGCCUUCUCUCCAUCUGCCACCACAGCCUGGAGGCGCUUGCCUCCGCCCUCCCGAAUGGUGCUCCUCUUCGCAGGCCUCGGCCCAGGAUCCAGGCCCCCUUUGCUCCCUGAUUUGGAGCUGUUGCUGCUGGGGUCUCUUGGUGGACUCCCUGUGGAGGGGUGUGAAGAACUUUUGCAAAGACAAGGGUUUAGUUAUAGGGACCUCACCAACAGUUUGAAUCUCAGCCUCUAACCGAGUGGAAGGCUCUUCUGUGUCCCUUCUUUUCUGCCUUUGAGAAGAGAAAGCCUUCUCUUUGACAUCCAAAGCCCAGGAAGCCUCAAGCUGGGGCCCUGGUCCCAGCAUGUCAACCCUCUCUUGUGCAUAGGGCUCUGCCCUCUUCCAGCCAGCAUGGCUGAUUUCAAAAAGGCUCCAGGGGGCCGGGAAACUCCACAGGGGGAACUGCGGCCAGAGGUCGUAGAGGAUGAAGUUCCCAGGAGCCCUGUCGCAGAGGAGCCUGGAGGAAGUGGAAGCAACAGCAGUGAGACCAAACUGUCUCCUAGAGAGGAGGAAGAGCUGGAUCCUAGGAUACAGGAGGAGCUGGAGCACCUGAACCAGGCUAGUGAGGAGAUCAACCAGGUGGAGCUGCAGCUGGACGAGGCCAGGACCACGUAUCGGAGGAUCCUGCAGGAGUCAGCGAGGAAGCUUAACACGCAGGGCUCUCACCUGGGGAGCUGUAUUGAGAAGGCCCGGCCCUACUACGAGGCUCGGCGACUGGCUAAGGAGGCCCAGCAGGAGACACAGAAGGCAGCAUUGCGGUAUGAGCGGGCUGUGAGCAUGCACAAUGCUGCCCGCGAGAUGGUCUUUGUGGCUGAGCAGGGUGUCAUGGCUGACAAAAAUCGACUGGACCCUACAUGGCAGGAGAUGCUCAACCAUGCUACCUGUAAGGUGAACGAGGCUGAGGAAGAGCGUCUUCGAGGUGAACGGGAGCAUCAGCGUGUGACGCGGCUGUGCCAGCAGGCUGAGGCUCGGGUCCAGGCCCUGCAGAAGACCCUCCGGCGUGCCAUUGGCAAGAGCCGCCCGUACUUCGAGCUCAAGGCCCAGUUCAGCCAAAUCCUGGAGGAGCACAAGGCCAAGGUGACAGAACUGGAGCAGCAGGUGGCACAGGCCAAGACCCGCUACUCAGUGGCCCUGCGUAACCUGGAGCAGAUCAGCGAGCAGAUUCAUGCCCGGCGCCGGGGCUUGCCCCUUCACUCUCUGGGCCCCCGGCGAUCCUCCCCUGUCGGGGCUGAAGCUGGACCUGAGGGCAUUGAGGAUGGGGACAGUGGGAUUGAAGGGGCAGAGGGCGGGGCCCUGGAAGAGGGCAGCAGCCUUGGGCCUGGCGCAGGCCCAGAUACGGACACUCUGAGCCUGCUGAGUCUGCGCACUGUGGCCUCUGACCUGCAGAAGUGUGACUCAGUGGAGCACCUGCGUGGCCUCUCGGACCACGCCAGCCUAGAUGGCCAAGAGCUGGGACCCCAGAGCCGGGGUCGCCGGGGAAGCGAUGGUGGAGUUCGAGGGGGCCGGCACCAGCGCAGUGUCAGCCUGUAGCGCUGUGGCCAGAGCUGCUUUGAUUUCUACCACGGGCAAUCAGGGCCCCGCAGGCCUUUCCUCCUCCUUGAGUCCUGUCUGCCCCAGAUCCUGGCCUGCAGCCUUCCCUGGGCAAGGUCGGCUGUGUCUCAGCCCCUGUGUCCAUAGCUUUCUCACAGUUCCUUCUCUCAGGAGGCAGCUCUCUCUUCGCCUUACCCACCUGGAAGGCUUGCCCUCUGGCCUUGUCUCCUCUUCCCCUUGCUGGCACUUGAGUCUCUCUGCUUUCCCCUUCCAACCUGACUUCUAUCUGUCUGGCUUUUCCCCCUCAGGGAACUUGGUCUAGAAGACUCAGGAGAUCAUGUGAGAACAUGGGUAUCCUAGCCCAAAAGUGGUUGGACAGGCGCUCACGCUUGAGUCCAGGCCCUGUCUUCCCGGAAGGCAGCUCCCCAGGGUGUCCCAGACAUGCUGCUGAGUCCCAGCAGCCUCUGCUCUUGUCCUUCCGUCCCCCCUGCCUGUGAGCAGUGUGUAAAAUGUCCAUGUGCCUCUGGAAGACACCACCGUCUGUCAGUGCACCCUGUGACCUUAGCUGCUGUGCUGUUUGUCCCUAAUUCAGUGUCAGGUUGGGGAAUCAAGCCUGCUGUCAACACAGGGUCAGGGGCCAAGUCCAAACGGCCAGUCUGUGUGGAGUUUUUCCAGUUGGGCUGAGCCCUUAUCAUUGCCAAGGUGCUAGUGCAUUUGCAUCCCUGACGGGAUCUAUGCUGGAGGCUAGAGAUGUCAGAGUCUCAAGGCUGAAACCCUUCCCCCCCACCCCCCAUGUGUGGCACUGGGUUUGCUUUUUCUUGGUAGAGAUGAACUGGAGCUUGGCAACCUCCGACAGGGUGGCAUUAGGGAACUUGGUGCUCAGUUGCUCUCUAUCACUCUUCCUCACGCCAGAUAGUACCUACUCCAGGAACCUUUGCAGAGCCCUUUAAGCAUGGCUGCAGAGCUGCCCUUCUUGUGUGGGAGGAGUUGACCUGGAGUGAGGAGCACCAGCCUCAUAGAGAAGCUCUGGGUGCUGGUGCUCCUGUGUUGCGGGAGGGGAAGCCACGCCAGAUCUGGGUGCCUUGGAGAGCUGACCUCCUGUCCUACCAGGAGGACGGGGAGAGCACCUGCCCAGGACUGGGAGCACAGUGCCCGUGUCUCGCAUGGGAUCUCCCAAUUUUCAGGUUUGAGGAUGGUCACAAUGAGAACCUGCAGGGUUUGAGGUGGCUGUUCAGGAAGAACAGACGCGAGGAGGACAUGAUUGUGCGAGUGCGUGUGCUGGCGUGUGUGGGGAAGGGCCAGUCCUGGUUUUAUUUAAAUAAAAUAGUUUAUGUAACA